ACUUAUAACAGUCUUCCAAAGCCAACCGUGAACACCUUAGGCUUGGGACGUUAUCAUCCUUGAACCUCAGCUACGAUUUCUCACUUCCUAAAACCCUUCCAACAGCAAAAAUGUCUCUGUUAAAAUCCCAAUAAUUAUUAUUGCGUGGAAAACUGAUAAAUCUGUUACAAACAGAAGAAAACCCACAAAAAAUUUAAAUGAAAAUGUCUCCAACGGCACAACGCCAAUCCGGAUGGACUCUUGAAGCAGUACUCGACGAAAUCGAUUUAGAACCAUCAGAUUUCACCUCCUCUCUCCCCCUUAAAAAGGUCCCUAACGGCGACCUUUUUGAGGCCUCCCGUGCCGGCGAUGUUGACCGCCUUAAGUACUUACUGGAGUCCGGCGUGAAUGUCAACGCGCGGGACCAAUGGGACUCUGUCGCCUUAUACUAUGCUUGUCUGGCGGGCCACCUUGACACUGCGAGAAUGUUGCUCGAGAGUGGAGCCAUUUGCUCUGAGCAUACUUUUGAUGGGGAUAGAUGUCAUUAUGCUGCCUUGAAUUUGAAGGUUAGAAAACUUUUGAAGGCUUUUGAGGCUAGACCACCGCCUUUGGGACCGUUACAGGCGGCGUUAAGGGAGACUUUCCUGGGUUGUGCGGCUAACAGGGCGUAUUUGGAGCAGGCUGAGCUUGGUGGGUUUGAAGCUUCAGGUCUCUCAUCCAGUGGGAUGCCCAAUUCCAACCACUUCCCUUCGGACGUGGUAUUUUAUGUUCAAGGUAGGCCUAUUGAAGCUCACAGAGCAAUAUUAAGUGCUCGAUCGCCUUUUUUUAAGAGAAAGUUUGAAACUGAUUGGAGAGACAGAGGUGAAGUGAGAUUUGCAAGGGAAAAGUUGUCAUAUCCUGCCCUUCACAGCCUUAUUCACUUCUUCUACUCUGACAGACUAGAGAUCGCAGUGGAUGACAUGGAAGAUCUUGUGAGAAUCUGCAAAGUGUGCAAAUGUGAAUCCUUACAAAGGAUUCUUGAGAAAGAACUAAUUCACCAAAAAUAUGCAGAGUACAAGGCGCUGAAAGAUGUAGACAACUCUCAGAAAAAGUUUAUCUUACAGGGCUCAUCACUUCCUGAGGAAGACCGGCUUCCUGCUUCCUUGCAUUGUAUCCUUCAGACUUCCCUAGCAAAGUCAACCAUGGAGAGAAACCUGGAUGGUACUGUCGAUAGAUUAGCAUAUUCCUUUGGUUCUGGGCAGCUGAGUGAUUCUGUAGAUGAUCUUGCUGAUGUUUGUAUAAGAGUGGAUAAGAGGAAUUUCCACUGCCAUCAAGUGAUUUUAGCAUCAAGAUCAGAGUACUUUAGGGCAAGAUUAUCUCGGAUGAAGGAUUUUCAUGAAGGGAAGGAUGGAUUACCUAUUGGUACCCUUCCAUGCCUUGAAGAACAUGAUUUGAGCAUGGAAACAUUGGAGAAGAUGGUGGAAUAUAUGUAUACUGAUAGUUUGAAGGAGAUAGACCCGGAUCAGGCAGAGGACAUGUUUGAUGCUGCUUCAAGAUAUCUAUUAUUUCCUCUUAAGCGUGCUGUAGCAGAUGUACUGUUGCCACAACUAGAAAUGGUUUCCCCCGCAGAACUGUGCCAUUGGCUUAUAUUGUCGGACAUGUAUGGUGUCUUGAAGAUCCGAGAGUACUGUCUGGAUACAAUAGCUUGUAACUUUGAGACAUUUGCUGAAACUCCUGAGUUCCGAGCAAUGCUUCUGACGCUGCCUCCUCCAUCUGGAGAUUCUUCACUUCGCACCACAGUUCCAAGUGCUCCAGGAGCUGUUAUAAAGACAGACCAAGGAAAUCUUCUUGAUGAUUUGCGAGAGAAAUGGCUUGAAGCUGAAGCUGCUGAACUUGACAAGAGAGAUGAAAGUGCCUUGCUUUUUGACAAGCAGCUCGAGAUGCUUAUGCUUGUAGCAGAGCAAGAAAAAUCUGAUACACCUUUUGAUGACACUCAACAAAACUAUGGAUGAUUUUUAUAUUUUCUUUAUCUUAUCCUCACAAAGCUAGAUUGGAAUGAAAAAAAGAAAAAAAAUAUAUACAAGAAAAAAAAGUUUAAAAGGCAUUCUUUUAGUUGAAACUUAUAAAUAAAUGUUGUAUGAUUUAUGUUGAAUGACAGAUUUGUAACAAUAAACAGAAUAUGAAAAUGCAGAGUGAGUUUAGUGUUUGUAAUUAAUUGCUUUUGCUCAAAUCUCCAUUGGACUCUGAA